AUGGGUGAGUGUGGCUGGGGAGAGGGAAUAUUUAGCAGCCAGAGGAAAAAGAGACCAAGAUUCGUUUUUGGGCUCAUCUCUCUCUCUCUCUCUUACUCACACAAAAGAAGAGCUACGAUUAAAGUUUGCCCAAAUGGGUUGGAAAAAAAUUUUUUUUUUAAUUUCUUUUUUCACCUCUUAAAGAGUCAAUUAUUACAACUACUACCAAUAGCAAAGAUGAGUUCCAAUACUCAAGAUUUAGUUUUAGCUUAUAUUAAUGAUUAUGUUUCCAGAAAUGAAGAAUUGUCAAAGUUGAAGAAGGCAUUAUCGAAAUUCUUAGCAGGCAAAGAAUUACCAAAAGUUUCUAAACAGUUGGAAUCCAUUAUUGAUGAAGUGGAAAAUCAAGAAAAGAAAAGCAAACCAAGAAACUCAUCAUCUGAUAGUGAAGACUCUUCAUCUGAGAGUGAAAGCUCCACUUCGGACAGCGAAAGCUCCUCCUCAGAUAGCGACAGCUCUUCCUCAGACAGUGAAAGUUCUUCCUCAGACAGUGAAAGUUCUUCAUCAGACAGUGAAGACAGCGAUGACGAGGAAGACAAGGAAGACAAGGAAGCAGAAAAAGAUAACAAAGACAGCGAAGACAGCGAAAACGAAAAAGUGGAAGAAGACAACAAAGACACCAGCUCUGAUUCAAGUUCCAGUUCCGACUCAAAAUCUGAUUCAGACUCAGACUCAAGCUCCAGCUCUGAUUCAAGUUCUGACUCUGAUUCAAGUUCUGAUUCCGACUCCAGCUCCAGCUCUGAUUCCGACUCCAGCUCCAGCUCUGAUUCCGAUUCAGACUCAGAUUCUGAUAGUGACAGUGACGACAAUUCCUCAGAAAGUAGUUCUGAAGACGAAGAAUCAUCUAGUGAUUCAGAAUCCAAAGAGGAACAAAAACAACCAGAAGACAAGAAAAGAAAGCACACAGAUGAUAUCAAAGAAGAAAAACCAGUUAAAAAGUUCAAAAACGAGUCAGAAUCAUCAGCAUCAUCUUCUACUGAUUCAAUUCCUGCAACUCCAGAACCAGAAUUAAAGCCAGGCCAAAGAAAACAUUUUUCUAGAAUAGAUAGAAGUAAAGUUAACUUUGAAAAUUCAGUAUUACAAGACAAUACUUACAAGGGAGCUGCAGGAACUUGGGGAGAAAAGGCUAGUGAAAAAUUAUUACAAGUCAGAGGUAAAGAUUUCACAAAGAAUAAAAAUAAAAUGAAGAGAGGAAGUUAUAAAGGAGGUAGUAUCACUUUAGCUAGUGGGUCCUAUAAAUUCGAAGAUUAG